GCUUUGCUUUGUGGUUGGCGCUUCAUUUUGCUUCCUCUUUGUCUGCCUUUGGUAGUUCGUCAGAGCGGCAGGCCGGAGAGAGAAGAAGAGCAGCACGCGGCACCCUGAGAAAGCGAACAAGAGAGCAAGUGGAUCAUGAUGUCAAGCAAUCAGCUGAUGGAGAUUCUGCUGCUGACCACCAUGGUGGCGGACCAUGUCGUCGCACAGACAGCAGUUUGCGUCCCUCAGCCGACUUGUGAGGAGUGCAUGAUGAAGCCGGGAUGUGCUUGGUGUUCUGAGCGGAACUUCACCAAGCCCGGUGAGUCGGAUACCAGCCGCUGUGACUCAGAGCAGAGCCUCCUGCGCCGCGGCUGCAACUCCACGCAGAUCCACAACCCCAAGAACAAAUUGCAUGUGAGGAAGAACCGGACUCUCAGCCACGGCAAUGGAUACACCGUGCAGCUGAUGCCUCAGCACCUCCGCCUCAAGCUGCGGCCAGGUAACCCCAUGUCCUUCAAGGCCCAAUUCAAACGUGCUGAAGGCUACCCCAUCGACCUCUACUACCUGAUGGACCUUUCAUACUCCAUGAAGGACGACCUGGAGAAAAUCAAGAACCUUGGGCAGGAGAUCCUCAGUGCCUUAGAGAUGGUCACUAAAUCUGUUCGGAUCGGUUUUGGUUCCUUUGUCGAUAAGACGGUGCUGCCUUACGUCAGUACGGUGAAAGCCAAACUCAAGAACCCCUGCCCCACACGACAAACCACCUGCCAGGCACCGUUCAGUUUCCGAAACGUUCAACCACUGACCAGCAGAGUGGAGGAUUUCAAAAAGCAAGUCAGCGAGCAGAUGAUUUCGGGAAACCUGGACCCCCCGGAGGCUGGCUUUGAUGCUAUGAUGCAGGCGGCCGUUUGCACGGAGCAGAUUGGCUGGGGUAACGUGACACGACUGCUUGUGUACACCUCAGACGAUACUUUCCACAUGGCGGGUGACGGGCAACUUGGAGGAGUUUAUGUCCCCAAUGAUGGAGCCUGUCACUUGAGCCGUGAGGGCUUGUAUGAGAACAGCACUAUCUACGAUUACCCUUCCGUCGGACAUAUUGCUCGGGUCCUCUCCCAGAAUAACAUCCAGCCCAUUUUUGCUGUGACUGAGAAGAGCGUUCCAACAUAUCAGGAACUCAGCAAACUGAUCCCGCAGUCAGUGGUUGGCGUUCUCCAAGAGGACUCCAGCAACAUCGUCCAACUGAUUUUUGAUGCCUACAAUAACUUGUCCUCCACUGUCUAUCUGGAGCACCAACAACUUCCUCCUGAGCUGCAGGUCACCUAUGACUCCUACUGUGGUGACAACAACAUUCUGCGGAAUCAGAAGAGGGGCGAGUGCACUGGAGUCAAGCUGAGCCAGGAGAUAAACUUCACUGUGACGGUGACAGUGACAGCCUGCUUUAAGGAAAGUCAACAUAUUAUCAUCAAGCCCCAAGGGAUCAACGAGGAGCUCCAUAUUGAAGUCAGCAGCCUGUGUGGGUGUAACUGCAAGGAUUUAGAGGUCAAUUCUCCUUAUUGCAGUGACGGCAAUGGAACCUUCCAGUGUGGGAUCUGCAGCUGCAAUAAAAACCGUCUGGGGCGGCUCUGCGAGUGUCUGCAGGAUACGGGUGAAGAGGAUACGAAGGAUCUGGAUGCCAGCUGCCGCAACGGGAGCAGCUUAGUGUGCAAUGGACAUGGCCGCUGUGAAUGCGGUCAGUGCGUGUGCAGCGGGAAACACCGAGGCCAGUACUGCGAGUGCGACGACAUGAGCUGCCCACGCUCCGAUGGCAAGCUCUGCGGGGGUAAUGGCCUGUGUGGUUGUGGGACCUGCAUAUGCAAUGAGAAUUUCACAGGUCCUGCCUGUGAGUGCUCUCUCUCCACAAAUGACUGCCAGAAAGCUGGCAAGACAUGCAGCAAUAAUGGACGAUGUCGCUGCAAUCGCUGCGAGUGCAACAGUGGCUACUUGGGGAAGUUCUGUCAAACGUGUACUUCCUGCAAUUGUGAAAAGUAUCAGGAAUGUGUGGAGUGCCAUAUUAUCAACAAAGGAAGUCCAAACCCAGAAUGCCAUGAGAAGUGUGAGAAGACUGGCGUGACAAAAGUGGUAGAAGAUUUCAGUGACAAUUUAAAGGGGCAGCCCUGCCGCCUGAAGAAUUUUAACUAUGACUUUUCCUUCAGCAUAAACAAUGAGGGAGAUGUCCAUAUUCAGUAUGCUGAGCGACAGGGUAUGGUUGAUCGAACAAUUGCCAUUGUGGGUGGUUCAUUAUCUGGAGUCGUGCUGAUUGGACUUGUCAUUAUCAUCAUUUAUCGCAUAUGCAUUGAAAUGUAUGACCGGCGAGAAUAUCGUCAGUUUGAGAAGGAGCGACAAAAAGCCAUCUGGAAUGAGGCCAACAAUCCACUGUUCAAAAGUGCAACGACUACAGUGAUCAAUCCUCGCUUUAUAAAUGACUAAUUGAAAAGGGGAACCACCUACCAGCUCCACCAAUGAUACCUCCUUGCACUUUUUAGAAACAUUUUGGAUGCCGACAAGGUUGUUUGCUCCUUCAUAGAUCCUGAAAUGUGUUGAAAGGAACAUCAGGUUGAGAUCAAAAGAACACAGGGGCUACCAAAAAAACAGACUUGUGUGAAAUGUCAUCUUAACCUGAUUCCAUUGAUCCCCUGUGUCCACCAUUGCCAAAGUGCUGAUUUUUUUUUUUUUACAUUAUCGUUUAUUAAGUACUUGAAUUGUCUUUAAUAAGAGCUCAUGUUAUGCAAAUAGGCUAUUCAUUUCUUUAUAUAUUCGAAAAAUGUGUUUCAAACAACAUCAAGUGGAACUUUACUGCCAGGAACUGAGACCCUCAGGAUUUAUAGGGUGGAGGGCAGUUCCUGGCAGUGAUUGGCAGGUGGCCCCACUUCUUGGGGGACCACACCACACAACACAUGGAACACAACUCAGACAACUUACAUACAAGAUCAAAUAUAAAGAAUAAUGCACAUACUCAACAAAAGCAACAUUAACAUAAAUAAAUGUCCCAAAAAUUAACCAAAAAAGACAAGAACACCAGCCACAGGAAGAACCAUGUCAGUCAGGGUUUGACGGUGACAUCCUCCUCUAGUGGAAGUGCUUUUGAAACUUCUUGGUACUUAUGUGUUUUGAGUCUCCUUGUCCACAACAUCAAUUCAAACGUAUUGGUAGCCCUCAAGAAAAUAAUAGAUAGAAUGAUUCUAAUUUUUCUUAAAUGUUUGGAGAAAUUGCCAGGGUUUGACAGUGAUAUCCCCCUCUAGAGGGCAUAACACAGGCAGCUUACAUACAUCAACAAAAUCAAAAAAAAAAAAAAGAAUAAUGCACAUAAUCCAAAAAAGUAAUUUUAACAUAAUCAAAAAAUCAAAAAUGAACAAAAUGAACACCCUAGCCGAGACCUGGCAGUUGACUGUAGUUAAUUUUUGCAUAGCACCUUUCACAAAGUGCAGGCACAAACAAACAAAUUCACAGGUAAAGAUAAUGACAAACUUUACAAAUAACAAAUUACAUUAUGAGUGCACAUAAAGAUAAGAGAUCUGUUUAAAGACACAGUAAAACAAAUGUGUUCCGACUGUCCAUUACAUCAGUGUUGAACGAUGGCCGUCUCACAACAGAGGAGAGGACAUCAAAACUCAGUCAGCAGAAGAAAUAAACCUCUGGGGAUCUAAAAGACAAAGUCAGAGAUGGUGACAGUCCUGGAGACCCCAGCCUUCCAGUCAUUCUGUGCUGCCAUGACUAAUGUAACGACAGAAUGUCUCCUUCCUUUGAUCCCAAGGCUCUCCAUUAUCUCAGAUGUCUUUCUGGAGACUCUAAAACUACAUUUCCCAGAGUGCACUACGACUGUUUGCCAGCUCAGAGCAUUGCUGAUAUGAUAGCACUAUGAUUCUCUCACUUACAUUUUUUUAAAAUUAUUUAUUACAUUUUUGAAAUGUAAAGUUUGAAAAUAUAAAGUGGAAAAUAGUCCUGAUAGCUAUUAAAUUGGCCCUAAACAUAAAGAAUUCUCAUUGUUAUAUUUUUACAUUUCUUCCAGUUACAUUUGUGCUCUCUAAAUUGAAACAGGAGGACAACGAUUUGUGUGUGUGUUUUGUUUUGUCUCUAUUUGCUUGCAGAGUUUUCUUUUGUAGGCUUUUACAAUUGUAUUUCAAGUUAAAGAAUUUUGAUAUUUUGUUGUACUGUGUAAGAGGAAAGCCGACACAAAAAUAUUUAUAAUACAUUAUUAGUCAUUAGUCUGCGUAGAUUUAAUUUUUUUCUAUUGAAAACGGUCCAAUAACACUCCCUCGUUUAGUAUUUUUGACUUGGAGUUGAAAUAUUAUUUAAACCAUUGAUACAGUAAUGCUUGAACUUGUUUUCUUUUACCAGAAAAUGUAAAUUUAACCAAAAUGUGUCUCUUCUUAGCUGAAAUAAAGUCUAAUUAUUCACUGGUGUGAGUGUUUUGAAAGAAA